GUGUUUGUGUUGUGUUCAGACGCGUUUGUAUUCAAGGGAAAGUGACAGCAGCAGACGUCAUCCUGUCAGCAUGCCCCUGGGUAUCGACAGAAGUCACUUUUACGCUGACAAAAUCAAACAUUAUGAAAAGGAUAUGAGGACCAAGGAUGAACGUAUAUCAACAUUGGAAACAGAAAAUGCGAUGCUGUACCUAAAGUUGGCCCAGCUGAGGGGAGCACUGCAGAGUAGCAGGGAGGACAUGUCAGGCCUACAAAACCAGUGUGAAUAUGAACAAAAAUUCAGGAAAACCAUUGCUCAGUCAGCAGCAAAACUGAAACAUGAUAUUAAUGGAUUACGGGAAGACUUAUCCAAUGUCCACAAGAUUGCCAUAAAGAUGCCACAGGACUUUGGUUUACAAAUCGAUCAUGCUUCAUCAGUGAUCCAUCGCCACCGUCAUGUUUUCCAAUCUCAGACCUCCAGUCUCUCUGUUCUACAAGACAAGAUCGAACAAAUGAACACAGCACUACAUGACAUCACAGAUCGCCAUGCAAAGGAAAAGAAACGAAGACAGGAACUUCAUAACACGCUCAUGGAACUGCGGGGUAAUAUACGAGUUCACUGUCGACUACGACCACUGAUGGAGUUUGAUACUGGUGUAGAGGACCCAUCAACACUGGGAAGAGUUGGAACAAAGUCUGAGGUGGUUGUGCAUUAUGUGGAUGAUGAGAAUGCAUGUGUACGGACAGCCAAACAUAACAAAGUGUUUGAAUUUGAAAGAGUGUAUGAUCCUAAAGAGAGUCAAGAAAAUGUAUUUUAUGAAGUCCAGCCAAUGCUGACAUCGUUAUUGGAUGGGUACAAUAUCUGUAUCAUGGCGUAUGGACAGACGGGGAGUGGCAAGACUCACACGAUGCUGGGUAGUCACAAGAACGAGGAUUACAAUGCAUCCCCGGAGCCACAUCCUGACGAAGGUGUCAUCCCUCGUGCAGCAAGAGAACUCUUCAGGUUGAUCUCAGAGAAGCCGGAGAGACAUCAUACCAUAGAGGUGUCUGUUGUGGAGAUAUAUAACAACGACAUUCGGGACCUCCUCGGAAGUGACCCUAACAUCAAACACGACAUCAGUACAGGGGUAGACAAUUCCAUCAACCUACCCACCAUCUCAUUCAAAGAAGUGGACACUGUUUAUGACGUUAUGUGUCUAGUCCAGCGCGGCCUGAAGGCCAGACGCGAGUCCUCCACUCUUGUCCAUGAUCACUCCAGUCGGUCUCACUUAGUGGUCACUCUGACAGUAAACUCCCAGGCUCCCAGCUUCUUUUCCAAACCCUCCACACAGGAUGGGUAUUCUAAGGAUGAUGAAAUUGGAAUUCCCAAUGUUUUUCGUAUUUGGGCUAUGCAACAGACGACAAGUCGAGAUGCUAGGGGACGGUCCCUGUCUGUCCCCAUGUCAAUGAUAAGUGGCCCAGGACCAGUUACUGACACACCAUCAUCCAGUGAUAGCCAGGCUGUCAUCAGGACCAAAUUGCAAUUGGUUGACCUCGCUGGCAGUGAAUGUGUUGGGAUGAGUGGUGUGACCGGCGCUGCUCUACGAGAAGCUUCACACAUCAACAAGAGUCUUUCUGCCCUGGCUGAUGUCCUCGGUGCUCUGUCAGAACAUAGAGGUCAUGUUCCCUAUAGAAACAGUCGUCUAACCCAUCUACUGCAGGACUCUAUAGGUGGAGAUGCUAAGUUACUGGUGCUGCUGUGUGUGUCACCCUCCCAGCGCUAUAUCACGGAGUCCCUUCAGUGUAUGGGCUUUGGUACACGUACCAGGCAGGUGGCUCGAGGGCCCACCAAACGCCGUCUACCCUCUUCAGCUGAGAAAGUCAAUGCUGAAAAUACACAGAAACCAAGAUCAGGAAAAACCUAGCUUAUUGAAUGGUUCAAGUAUGUUUAACAUAAACACAUCUUCAGUAAGGCUUCAUUAUAGUUCUGCUAUGCCAAAAUUUCAAAAUUUGUUUGAACACUAAGCUUGCACACCAGCUGUUACUAUCUCUAAAACAAGAAUCGUGUGGAUUUGUCAAAACUGUUGGUAAUGGCAGUUUAGGUCCAUAACAAAUCCUGAUUUUUGCCUGACCAAGUUAUUAAUUGUAUACAUUGCACCAAUGUGAUUCAGACAAGAUUUUAAAGACAUAAAAAUAACUUAAAAAUAGUGAUGGUAUUUUAUGUUAUAUCAUGUAAUGUCACGAUAACCAUAGGCUUAUGCUGAAGAUAAGUAAAAUAAUUUGUUUAUUUGUUUGAAUUCUUGAUAAUGAUAUGAUUUUUGUAAAAUUCAUAGUUUUACAUGAAACUGUUUUAAAAAAACGUGUAGACUUGUUUUGUAAGUCUUAAAUUAUAACUCUAAUGAAAUCAUAUCAUUUCACCCAAUAAUACCGAAAUACUGUUGUGCGAAUUUUCUUUCAGGUAUUUUAGGAAAUCAGAAAUAAAUUAUGCAUUUGUAUACAUACUUCAAUAGGUUAUUUAUGAAAUUGUGUUCCUGCUAUUUGAGUAUUCCUGCUAUUUGAGUAGCAGAAGUUCAUAAACAACUUUCUUGACAGAAAGACGGUGUAUAUUAAAAUAACUAAAGUACAGUUGUGUUCCUGCUAUUUCUCAAAGAUAAAGUGUUCAGAAACAAUUUCUUCAAUAUUAAGACAAUGCGUUGUAAUGUAUCAACCGUCCAAAUCAUGUUGACUGUGAUAUUCUUUUUGUGUCAUGAAUGAUAUUAUAUUAAAUGUGACUAUUUAUGAAAAUAUGAUUGAAAUGAAAUGACUGUU